AUGAAUAUUCAUUUAAGAAAUACAAUCAAAAUAUUAGCUGUAUGCGCAUUCUUAUAUAGUGUUGCUGCAGAUAAGUUUGCGGCUGAGGCUGUGGUUUCGAGAAGGCGAAAUCGAAGACAAGAAGUUUUAAAAUAUCUUCUCGUAGAUAAAGAUGGCUGGGUAGUAGCGAGUUAUAAAUCGAAUCAUUACUAUAUAGGUUUUAAUAAAUACGGUGAAAGUAUAUAUUAUUUUGAAAGACAAAAUGUUCCCAAGAACCAGCGGAAUCCUGAAUAUAUAGAUCUUAUUGAAGAUGUAGCUAAUCCAGAUCAUAAAAAAAAACCAUAUAAGAUUGAAGAUGAACCUGAACUUAAGAUGUUGCAUGACAAAUACUAUCUUGGACUCGAAGAUGAAGAUGAAGAUGAACUUGAUGGAAAGCAUAAAAAAGAUCCCUAUGAGCCCAAAAAUGAACUUGAUGGACACCCUCCCCAAGACUCCUAUGAGUCCAGAAAUGAACUUGAUGGAAAGCAUAAAAAAGAUCCGUUUGCAUCUGAAGAUGGAGAUGAACUUGAUAGAAAGAGCCACAAAGAUGGCAAAUCUGAUAUAACAAGUAAAGGAGCAAAUAACAAUUUAAAUCUAGAUAAUAAGGGUGUAAAGAACAAUGAAAAGAGUAUAAACAACUAUCAUGGGCAUGAGAAUGAAAAGGACUCUAGUGUAAAUAUGAAUAAGAAACAUGACAAAAAUCCAUCAGACAAAGGAAAUUCGUUAUCAAUCUUUGACAAAAAAAAAGAUAAUACUGAUGUUAACAGAAAGAAUAAUAAUACUGCUAUAAAUAACUACAUAAAAGGAGAUGAAGGUAGAGAUAACAAGUCUUCUCAUAAAGAUCCAUAUAACAAUGCUAAUUGCACACCAUCAUCGAGAUCGAGAUAUAACAGUCGAGAUAGUUGCUGUGAUACGCCGCCAUCAAGAUAUAGUAGUCAAGAUAGUUGCUGUGACAUACCAUCAUCGAGAUAUAACAGUCGAGAUAGUUGCUGUGAC